AUGGAGGGGCUGGUCCUGCUCAACGCGCUGGCCACCCGGCUGCUCUUCGUGCUGCAUUCGCUGGUCGGGGUCUGGCGAGUGACCGAGGUGAAGAAGGAGCCGCGCUACUGGCUGCUGGCGCUGCUCAACCUCUUGCUCCUGCUGGAGACUGCGCUCACGCUCAAGUUCAAGCGCGGCCGAGGCUACAAAUGGUUUUCGCCAGCCAUAUUUUUAUAUCUGAUAAGCAUCGUUCCAUCAUUAUGGCUUCUUGAAAUGCACCAUGAGACACAGUAUUGCAGUGGCCAAACAGAAGGGAUGACUCAGAAUAACAACAGCAAAGAGGACUUCAAUCAAACUUUGAAGUCAAGUGAAAAAACCAAUGGAGGAGAUGAUAUCAUAGAAACGGCCAAAGUGUUUGUAAAUAAUUUAUCUACCGUAUGUGAGAAAGUUUGGACCCUGGGACUCCAUCAGACGUUUCUGUUAAUGCUAAUAAUUGGAAGAUGGCUUUUACCCAUUGGAGGUGGGAUCACUCGGGACCAACUGUCUCAACUUCUCCUUAUGUUUGUGGGGACAGCUGCAGACAUACUGGAAUUCACAAGUGAGACCCUGGAAGAACAAAAUGUGAGGAAUAGUCCUGCACUAGUCUAUGCAAUCCUUGUUAUAUGGACCUGGAGUAUGCUGCAGUUUCCACUUGACCUAGCAGUACAGCAUGUCAUAUGCCCCUUAUCUGUGACGGCCAAGGGCUUCCCGAGCAAGUUCUUUUGCCAAUAUAGUGCUGACCUCUGGAAUAUUGGCAUCAGCAUCUUCAUACAAGAUGGCCCCUUUCUUGCCGUGCGUCUCCUACUGAUGACCUACUUCAAAGUGAUAAAUCAGAUGCUGGUUUUCUUUGCGGCAAAGAAUUUCCUGGUGGUGGUUUUACAGCUUUACCGCUUGGUGGUGCUGGCCCUGGGUGCCCGAGCUUCCUUGCAAAAUCAACCAAAAGGCCUGAAAGAGGAGCAGAGCUGCCUACGCGGACGAUCUGAGAGUGAUGCUUCGCCUGGAGACUUGGAGAGUAAUUCGAAGGAAGGCUUGGCUAUUCCGUUGCAGGCUUCACCGGUGAUCUCUGAUGACUCUCAUGCCAUACCAUAGUUAUUGAAUGAUGGCAGCAUCCGACUAGAAUGUUUGACCUUUGAGUUCAUUUUAAGGACCAAAACCUACUCCCCCAGCCCCCACCCUAUGCCUUAAAAAAUGGUGCAUAACAAUUUUCAAAAGAAAAGCACACAA